AUGGCAGGCCAUGAAACCAAUAUCUUAGAAAUCCAUUCCCAAGCCAACUCAUUCGCAGAGAACAUUUUAUCAAGCGCCCGUACAAUCCAUGCGUUUGAGAUGCGCGACAGGCUAGUCCGCAAAUUCAACACCUACUUGACCGAUGCCCACCACGUUGGUAACAAAAUCUCGCCUCAUUUUGGCACCUUGCUUUCAGCCGAGUAUUGCAUUGUCUACCUGGGCUACGGUCUUGCUUUCUGGCAGGGUAUCCGAAUGUUUUCUAAGGGUGAGAUAGACCAGCCUGGAGAAAUCGUCACUGUUAUCCUCUCUGUUAUCAUCGCCGCCACCAGCCUCACAAUGCUUGCGCCAUAUUCCGUCGACUUUACCCGGGUAUCUGUUGCUGCGGCGAAAGUCUUUGACCUCAUCGACCGCGAGUCCGAGAUUGAUUCAUUCGACAGCACCGGUAAAAUACCAUCAGAGACGAUAGGAGAAAUUUCUGUCGACAAUGUUACUUUCGCCUAUCCAACCCGACCCGGUAUCGCAGUCCUUGACAACUACUCCGUCAAGUUUCCUGCUGGAAAAACUACUGCCCUAGUUGGUCAAUCUGGAUCCGGAAAAAGCACUGUCAUCGGCCUCCUUGAGCGCUGGUAUAAUCCUGAGUCCUGCACGAUUUCGUUAGAUGGCUGCCCAAUCGAUCAGCUGAAUCUGAACUGGCUCCGAACCAAUGUCCGUUUAGUGCAGCAAGAGCCAGUCCUAUUCCAAGGAACCAUCUUCGAUAACAUUCGGUCUGGCCUAACUGGCACUGCAUGGGAAGAUGCGCCAAUAGACGAGCAGAUGCACCAUGUCGAAGAAGCUGCUAAGCUGGCGUUUGCCCAUGAGUUCAUCUCUAAGCUACCUAAUGGAUAUAAUACCCAGGUUGGCGAGCAUGGGUGCCUGCUCUCUGGUGGCCAGAAACAACGUAUUGCUAUUGCGCGCAGUAUUAUCUCCAAGCCCAAGGUCCUUCUUCUGGACGAGGCUACAAGUGCACUUGAUCCUGAAGCUGAAGGUAUUGUUCAAAAGGCGCUAGAUACGGUCUCUAAGGGUCGCACGACAAUUGUUAUCGCUCACAAGCUUGCUACUAUCCAGAAGGCCGACAACAUCAUCGUCAUGAUGAAAGGACGCAUCGUCGAACAAGGUACUCAUCAGUCUCUGACCAUGUGCGGCGGUACCUAUGCUCAACUCGUGCAGAUUCAGAACCUCACAGCACAGGGCGACGAGUCUAGAGACAUUACGGACCAAUCUGAGCCCCUAGAUCACGUCCCGAUGUCUACUGAACCAAGCAGCACUUUGACUCGGCAUGAGACCUCCCACCAAAGUGAUGUCGAUGGAAGCAAGGAUCUAGGUGGAUAUGAUCAGCAUGAGCAGCGCGGUGUCAUCUCUGUCAUUAUUCGGAUCGUUGGCCAGACGCCUGAGCUGAGGUUGGCAUUUAUUGUCAUCCUGAUGGCGUGCAUCGUGGCAGGCGCGACCUUUCCCGGCCUGGCCAUUCUUAUUGCCAAUAUCGUGGAGGUCUUCUCUCUCACAGGAUCUGAGAUAGAGCUUCAAGGCAACUUCUAUGCCAAAAUGUUCAUCGUCUUUGCCUGCGGGUGUUUCGUUGCCUACUUCGCUUUAGGAUACGCCACAAACGUUGUUGCUCAUAAUUUGAGUCACAAGUUCCGCAAAUCUAUUCUUGAGAACAUCCUUCGACAGGAUUUGCAGUUCUUUGAUCGAGAAGAGAAUACCACCGGAGCGCUGAUCAGUCAAAUAGACUCAAACCCACAGGCUGUCCUUGAACUUAUGGGCUACAACGUUGGUCUUAUCCUUGUCGCCGUCUUCAACAUCACUGCCUGUAGCGUCUUAGCUAUUGUGUAUAGCUGGAGACCUGGCUUGGUAGUCACCUGCAGUGGCCUUCCCCCUUUGGUUACUGCCGGUUAUCUUAAAAUCCGGUUCGAUGCUAAACUGGAUCGCGAGACGUCGAGGCUCCUUUCACUCAGUGCUUCUAUUGCUUCCGAAGCGAUAAAUUCUAUCCGGACUGUUUCAUCUCUCCCUAUUGAGAAUUCGGUGCUGUCUAGAUACUCCCACGAGCUGGAUCUCGCAUUGGCUGGCUCUAAGCGACCUGUGUUGGCCAUGAUGAUCUGUUUCGCCUUUACACAGUCUAUCGAAUACUGUUUUAUGGCCCUUGGCUUUUGGUACGGUUGCUACCUUUUAUCAUUUGACCAGAUUAGCAUAUAUGCUUUUUUCGUUGCCUUCUUAGGCGUCUUCUUCUCUGGCCAGUCGGCUGCCCAACUUUUCCAAUAUUCGACCAGCGUCACUAAAGGCAUCAAUGCGGCCAAUUAUAUCUUUUGGCUUCAGGACCUUCAGCCGUCGGUAAGGGAAACAGACGAAAACCGUGGAAACGGCCCUGAAUCUGGCGAUACGGUGAACAUCCUUGAUGUGCACUUUUCUUACCCUCUUCGACCCGAGAUGCGCAUCCUCAGAGGCAUAAAUGUCAAUAUAAAGAAGGGUCAGAUUGUUGCUUUCGUCGGAGCAUCUGGUUGCGGCAAAUCUACAAUAAUCGCUCUACUUGAACGGUUCUACGACCCCACAACAGGCUCAAUCGACAUUGACUCGACCUGUUUGACUUCUCUCAACCCUCGACUGUAUAGUCGCAUUGUAGGACUCGUUCAACAAGAACCCGCAUUGCUUCAAGGUUCGAUCCGCGAGAAUAUCGAGUUGGGUGUCGAUGAACCCUCUGACGAUACAAUUUCCUCGAGUGCCACAGGAACGGUCAGCGAUAAGGAGAUCGAGUCGGCGUUGCGAGCUGCCAAUGGCUGGGAUUUUGUGUCAUCUCUGCCUGAGGGUCUUUCUACCCCUGUUGGUUCUCAUGGUACCCAGCUGUCUGGUGGCCAGCGGCAACGCAUUGCUAUUGCCCGUACACUUAUACGCGAUCCGAAAGUGCUGCUUCUUGAUGAGGCGAUAUCGGCGCUUGAUACAAAAAGCGAGAAGAUUAUAUAG